ACUGUCCAGAGUACAAUAGAGACUCCAAUAAUGUGAACACUGUUCCAUGUCAUGGGACAACUGACUGUCCAAGUAAAGCAUUCAAAUCCAAUGAGGUUUAUGAAUAUCCAGUUUGUGUACAGGAAGGUACAACUCUGAUUGAUGGUGGACCCUCAUCCUUGCCGAAGGAUACCAUAGCACUGAGCGUGGCAGGGGGAGUCCUUUUAGUUGUCCUCAGUGUGGUAGCUCUUCUGUGUUAUAGAUUCAGAAGAUCACAGCAAACCAGAAAUAGAAAAAAAGAAAAAAUCCAUUUACUAUCUCGAGAUAUACCGCCAUUCUACAAAACUUCAAUAUUCGACAAAGCAAAUGCUUUUCUAAAAAAUAAUGGGAAAAUUCUGUGUUUGAUUGGAGAAUGGGGAUCUGGGAAUUCGACAACAGCCAAAGAAGUUUAUAUGUCCAUUACUGGUAGGACACCAGUUGUAAUAGAAGACAUACUGAAGUUUGAUGUGAGUACUUGUCAGGACUCUAUCAUCGUAGAGGAACCAUUACCAAGAGAGAACAUUUCUGAAAUAGAAACAAGAGAUAUUUUGGAAAAGAUAAUCUCUUUAUGUAAACAAAUACAGACAUCUAAUGACAUAUUUCUAAUAAUCACUUCAACUGAGGAUGCCUGGGGAAAAAUAACAGGGGAAAUCAGGGAUUGCGUAGAACAAAGUAAUGAUUUAUGUUGUCUUUAUACAAAUUGGAAGAGUUUUACAAACGCAGACCGGAUUCAGAUCCUUCACACCAUUUUCGAACAUUACAAUCCAGAUACACCGUUUUCUAAUGUAGAACAAACUGCAUCAAAGAAGCACACUGAAUCAUUAGGUUUCCCAGAAAUUUGCACAUUGUUAUCGAGAUGUAGAGAAUUUCAAAAAAAUCCUGUUUUGUUUCUGAAUAGACCAUUGCGUUAGUUAAGUUUAUAUUUAGAAAAAAUGUGUCAAUCUCCAGAGGGAAAAGAAAAGUUUGCAAUAUUGGUAUUUAUGAGUAUAAGUGAUAUGAAAAUAGAUGUGAAUAAAUUGAACGAGAAGCUUAGGGAAAUAUUUAGAACGUGUGGUCUCAACGCAAGCAAAAAUGUACAGUUACAAAGGAUUAUACCACUGGAAUUUGUAUUGCAGGUAGAGUCGUCAGUUUAUGUGUUACAACAUGAAAUUAUAAAGAGAAUAACUCUAUUAACAUUUGGAAAGUUCCACCUCCCAGAUUUACUUAGGUUUUCUUCGAAGAAAGAUUUGGUAGGCUGGAUUAAACUCAAGAAGACACAUAUUUUUACACCGUUGGUGGACGGUACACAACAAGCGUCGGAUAUAGAACCAGUUCUUGAAAUUAAUGAGGAACAAUGGAUCGAAUAUCAGGAGAAAAUGGAGCGCACAUCUCAGCCAAGAUGUGAGAAAAGUAAUUAAAUCAACGACAAACAUUAUAUUGACCUCUAAAACAUAUAGAUCUUUUGGAAUGUGGAUUUUUCAUUUGCUCGUAAACAUGGCUUAAAUUGAAGAAUGAAAAAUCUAUAGCGUUGAUUGACUGUAUGUUGUUUUACGUUCCAUUUAAGAAUUAUCACCUUGUAUAGAGACGGAAUCAUAGGUCAGUGAAGGACUUCAAAUUUGACCUUUACUUGGCACUCAGGGUCAUUGGGUCAUUGAGCAGUUAGGAAUCUUUAUGGUGCCAACGCCUGUCGUGACGUGGAGCCUUAGUUUUUAAGGUCUCAUCCGAAGGACCCGUAAUUUUCACUUCAAAGUGUCUACCAGUGAAGGAACAGUUGUUAACUUUUUUAUCGACUUGACUUAGGUCUAUGGCAGGCGAGAUUCGAUCUCACGAUCUUCCAAUCACGGAUUGAGCGCUCUACCGACUGAGCUUCCGUGAUAUACCAAUAAAGCAAAAUGCAUACUUGUUACUGUACAAAGAAAAUGUUUUAUUUUCAUGAAUUUAUUCCCUAUAGCUAUAUAAUUGCAUUUAACUUAUUCUUUACAUAGAAAUUAAAUAAAGUCUGGAAAUAUUCUGUAGUAACUUAAUGUUUUUUACCAUGUCUCGAUAUGACAAUCAAAAUGUUUUUCCGGUCAGAUGAGAUUUCUCAAGUAAAAACAUUAACUAAGUUCGCUCCUGAGCUUUUGAGCAGAUUUAUAUCUUAACCUACAUUUCUAAAAAUUGUAUGUUGUUAUGUAUGUUAAAAUUUUUUAAUAUUCCACAGAGCCAUAAUAAAUUUGAAUUACCCUAA